UUUAGGAGGUGUCCUUCAAAGCCGACGAGUAGUUAUACGACCGUUCUUCAUUUCUUCAUUUCCUUAUUCAAUUCAAACCUUCGGUUAAUUACUGAGUCAUUUUUCGAUCACUUGAUCUUUCUAUAGCUUCCUGUUCUUGCAUUUUUUUUUUUUUCAUUUGAUUUCGAUUAGUUCAUAGAAAUUCGAGGAGAAAACAAUGGAUAUUCAAGCAAAUUCAAGCCAUUUCAAGCUGUGGAGCCAGUUGGAAUUACACGAAUUCCCAGACAGAUUUGUGAUCAAAUCAAUUGAAUUGCCUGAUCAAAGCUUCUCCAUCAGCCGUUUCGAUGGCAGCUUGGAAGCACUUGACAGUGAUACUUGCCCUGGAAAUCCUUCCAGAGUUUCUACCAUAUAUGGGGUUGCUGGAACAAUCAGGUUGCUUGCAGGAACAUAUGUACUGGUGAUAACAUCUCGGAAAGAAGUUGGAACUUAUCUUGGUUUCCCUGUUUUUCAUGUGAUGUCUAUGAAGUUCUUAUCUUGUAAUGUGGCAUCGCUACAUUUAACUCAUCAAGAGAAAAAAGAAGAGGCGUACUUCAUGACCCUGUUGAAAAUAGUGGAAUCAACUCCAGGGUUGUAUUAUUCAUAUGAGACAGAUAUAACAUUGAAUUUGCAGAGAAGAUUCAAGUUGGCUGAAGGGUGGAUGAGUAAGCCAGUUUGGAAGCAGGCUGACCCACGGUUUGUUUGGAACAGAAAUCUUUUGGAGGAGCUUAUUGAGAAUAAGCUGGAUAGGUUCAUCAUACCUCUAUUACAAGGGAAUAUCCUGAAGCAUUUUACUGGACAGCUCAAGCUGAACAAUUCACCUGCCAAAAUCACCUUAAUUUCAAGGAGAUGUACACGGCGUUUAGGGACAAGAAUGUGGAGAAGAGGAGCUAACCUAGAAGGAGACACUGCUAAUUUCAUUGAAACUGAGCAAUUGCUAGAGUUUGAUGGUUUUAAGUCCUCAUUUUUGCAGAUUCGUGGGUCUAUCCCUCUCCUUUGGGAGCAAAUUGUUGAUUUGAGCUAUAAACCACGACUAAAUAUCAUUAACCAUGAGCAAACACCAAAGGUCGUGGAGCGUCAUUUUCUUGAUCUUUUACAAAGGUAUGGGGAAACCAUUGCAGUUGACCUCACUGAUAAGCAUGGAGAUGAAGGUCUACUGAAUAUGGCAUUUGCUGCUGAAAUGCAAAGGCUCCCAAAUGUGAGAUAUGUCUCUUUUGACUUUCAUCAAUGUUGUGGCAACUCAAAUUUUGACAAUAUACAACUUCUAUAUGAGCAAGUCUCUGAGGACUUUGAAAAGCAAGGAUAUUUCCUCGUAGACACAAAAGGAGAGAUACUAACACAGCAGAAAGGAAUUAUCAGAUCUAACUGCAUUGAUUGCCUUGAUAGAACCAAUGUUACACAGAGCUACUUGGCCAGGAAAUCGUUGAAUUCACAACUGCAGGAAAUUGGUGCACUUUCUUCCACCGAGUGCAUCUCUAUGUUUGGUGAAGAUUUUGAGAUUUUCAAGACUUUAUGGGUGGAGCAAGGUGAUGAGAUAAGCCUCGAAUAUUCUGGGACCCAUGCGCUGAAAGGGGACCUUGUCAGAUAUGGAAGACAGACUAUGGCAGGACUAAUUAAAGAUGGGAUGAGUGCAUUAUCAAGAUAUUAUUUAAACAAUUUUCAAGAUGGAAUUCGACAGGAUGCAAUGGAUCUUAUAAGUGGCCACUACAUGGUCAACAAAAACAGUCCUUCCCUGUUCCAGCGAAAUGAUUUUGAAUCACUCAAUGUAAGCAAUAAGGAUGUGCAUUUUCUAAAGAGUCUUGGAUAUAGAGUUCAUAUGCAUGGGAUCAUGUGCAUACAGUUGCGCACUCUCUAGAUAUGGAAUUCAUGAUAGCUGAUUUGGUUCAGGGCAUUUUCAUUGCGGUCCAUGCUUGUAUGGCUGGCUUUAACUUAGAAAUGAUAGCAAUUGUGACUAGUCAUGUUAAAGAGUAGAAAAUGCAUUGAACAACUUUGAUCAUUUGACAUUCUUAUUAUGCUGAUAUGGAUCCACCGAGUAUAUGCAGUAUCUCCCGGUAGCAUCAGCUUUGUUAAUUGGAGGAUUGACGGUGACAUCCAUUACGCUAAACCAAGUGGGACGAAACGCACAUCAUUUUUUUGCUUCUAUAAUCUGUGCUGGUGUAACUGCUGGAAUGAUGGCUGUGGUCAAAGCUAAUGGAAGGCAGUUCUGUUCCAGACCCCGUUUGUGUGGCCUUUUGUAAAUGUGAAUCGUUGGAAAUGUAACCAAAGUUAGUAUAGAAUUUUUCAAUGACAAUGGUGCAACGGUACGGACUCCACUGUGGUUUAGGUGUCAUUAAAUUUAAGGUACGAGAACACUCUUCGCGUGUAAGAGUAAGACUAUAUAUUUCUGGCUCCCUAAAAUCAGACAAUACUCAGAGUCUCGUGCACUGAAUUACCUUUUUUUAACAAUAUAUAAUGUUCAAUUAUUAUUUCAUUCAAUUGCAAACU